AUGUCAACGCCACGACGACCGACGACUUCUCAUCAACGCGCCCAGGAUGGAGAAAACUCAUCAACGAACGGACUUCAGUCAUUUCUACCACCUCUGAACUUCAUAACACUGCAUUACGCCUACUUCAUCGGCACAACCCUCCUCGCAUCGGCAAUCUUCUACGCCUCGUCGAAUCCACACGGCAGCAUCAGCUAUGUCGACUCUCUUUUCCUCGUCAUCUCCGCCAUGACGGAAGCCGGACUGAACACGGUCAAUCUCAGUGAGAUGACUGUCUGGCAACAGGUGCUGCUAUGGCUGCUUAUCAUUAUCGGCAGCUCUGUAUGGGUUUCGAUAUGGACAGUUGUGGCAAGGAAACACGUCUUUGAAAAGAGCCUCCGGGGGGUUGUCCGUACCCAGAAUGAGGGAGAUCAGCAGGGCGGGGGCUUGCCCAUAUUCAGAAACAGUAUUGCUGCGACUCAAGAGAAAAGGGGCGCGAGUGGCACUGGCUUGGGAGACUUGGGGGCCUCAUCUCAGGCUCGAGCCGCAGGGAACCACAUCACUAUCGAGACGACCGGAAACAUUACCCGCCGUUCAACACCAUCAACUCUCUCGGGCAAAAAGCCUACCCGCCCUUGGCUGUCCUUCCUCAGCGCCUCUAAAGAGGCACGCAACUCCCAGCUCCACUCCCUCACGGGGCCCGAACGCUCCCGUCUAGGAGGCCUCGAAUACCGGGCCCUUCACCUCUUGUCAAUCGUAGUCCCACUGUAUUCAGUGCUCUGGCAAGUACUAGGCUGUCUUGCUCUGGGAGCUUGGAUCGCGAACAAUAUGCCUACCGUCGCGACGUCCAAUGGCGCAAACCCCUGGUGGGCCGGCAUAUUCUUUGCCGUCUCAGCCUUCAACAAUUCAGGCAUGUCGUUGCUGGACGCCAACGUAGUGCCCUUCCAGCAGGCAUAUUUCGUACUUAUCACCAUGGGCCUCCUUAUCUUGGCGGGCAACACGGCUUAUCCGCUGUUUCUGAGGCUCAUCUUCUGGUCAGCGUUAAAGAUACUUCGAGCGUUGACCGCCGAGGGAACAUUAGUGGAGCUGAAGAACACAUUGGAGUUCAUACUGGAAUACCCGCGUCGAGUUUAUACCAAUCUUUUCCCGUCACGACCGACGUGGUGGCUCUUCUUCAUGGUUCUUAUGACGAAUGGUAUUGACUGGAUGGCGUUCGAGGUUCUCAAUAUCGGCAACCCGGUUAUCGAAGCCAUUCCUACUGGAGCAAGAGUUCUGGACGGCUUGUUCCAAGCCUUUGCUGUCCGCUCCGGAGGCUUCUACGUCAUCCCCAUAGCCUCCGCCUAUCCGGGAUUACAGGUAUUGUACGUUAUUAUGAUGUAUAUCUCCGUGUACCCCGUGGUGAUCACGAUGCGACACUCCAACGUCUACGAAGAGCGGUCUCUAGGAAUCUACCACGACGAUGAAAUAUCUCCAGGCUCUUCUAACUCGGAAGUGAAGAUGCAUCCAAUGGGUAGCAGUGUUCUGACACACUUCUUCCGGGAGAAUCUUAGCUUUGCUGGUGUUGGCGCAGCCAAAACCGAUAAGAGAGGCAACGGGUUUGAAACUCGAAUGAGCUUCGUGAACCAGCAAAUCCGGGGACAGCUCGCCCAUGAUUUGUGGCUUCUCGCACUGGCUGUUCUAGUCAUCGUAACUAUAGAGACGUCGCACUUCCUGGAAGAUCCAGUUCGCUUUUCGGUCUUCAAUGUCAUUUUUGAGGUAGUUUCGGGCUAUGGCUGUGUUGGCAUAUCUGUGGGACUACCUAAAGAUGCUAUGAGUUUCUCUGGGGGUUGGCAUCCCGGGAGCAAACUGGUAUUGUGUCUUGUGAUGUUGAGAGGGCGUCAUCGAGGUUUGCCGGUGGCGCUAGACAGGGCUGUGCGACUACCUGUACAGAGGCUAUUAGAGGAGGAGGAGAAGGAACAUUGGAGGUGA